AUGCCUUCCUUUCUGUUUCUCUUUCUUUCUCCCUUUUUAUCCUGUCUUCUCAUUCUCCUUCUUUCUUUAAUCUUCUUAUUCUAUCUAUCUAUCUAUCUAUCUAUCUAUCUAUCUAUCUAUCUAUUUUUUUCUUUCUCUUUGUUAUCUAUUAAUUUCUUCGCAUUCUCUCUCUUUCAUUCUUUACUUAUUUUUAUUUUUGUCUCUCUUUCUUUCUAUCUCUCUUCCUUGUUUUUUUUUUUGUUUACGAACCUAUCUAUUCCUAUUCUCUCUCUCUCUCUCUCUCUCUCUCUCUCUCUCUCUCUCUCUCUCUCUCUCUCUACUUGUUCUUUCACUUCCUUUAUCUAUCUCUUUUUCUCUGUCUCUCUCUCUUUUUUCAUUUCUCUUUAUUUGUCUUCCUUUAUGUUUCUUUCUUUCAUUCAUUCUCUCUCUCUCUCUCUCUCUCUCUCUUUCUUUAUGUUUCGCUUUUAUCUCUUUCUUUUUUCUUGGUUGCUUUCUCAAUUUUUUUAUCUAGUUGUCUUUCUUCCUGACUCUCUCUCUCUCUCUCUCUCUCUCUUUCCCUCUUUUACCUCUCUAACUUCUCAUUAUCUUUCUUCCUUCUCUUUCUUUCGUUUUCUUUAA